AUGAACGGCUGGCUUGUCUUCGCCAUCGUCCUCAUCCUCUUGGUCUCCGGCACCUACUUUGGCUGGUACUUUUACGCGCGCUGGAACGCCUCGCGCAAUGGCCUUCCCCCGCCCUCAAUGAAUCCCAUGGUGGCCUUCAGCAGCUCCAACGCCGAAGCCUCAAACUACCCGGGCCCCGCUCCCACGGGCAUCAAGGGCUGGAUCGACACCCAAGUCCGCAAGUUCAAGAACCGCAACAACCGCUACACCACCGGCAGCGGCUACGAAGACACGGGCUACGGCUCCCGCGGCGUUGGCGGCGGCCGCGGCGCAGGCAGCCGCCUCGAUCCCGACGAAGCAUGGAGUUCGCGCGUGGGCGACGAGGCAUACUAUGAAGAACAGGAAUUGGGCCUCCACGACCCCCCGCACGCCGCCAAUCAGUCUGCCAAUCCCUUUGCCGGCGAACCCACCCGUGGCCGCAGUCGCACCCGCGAAUCGUACGACGAGCAUCUCGAUGCUCACAAUGCUCGCAAUCCCUUUGGCGACGACGCGGCGGCCAGUCUGCGCGGCGUCAGCCCCAGACCCGUCAUGGACGCUGAUACCGGGUACCAUGGUGCUGCGACGACGGCAGGCAAGUCUAGCGCAGAUCCUCGUAAGAAGAGUGGGAGUCCCGAUAGUCAUCACGAUAAGAGUCCUACGGAGAGUCGGAGAAGUGUCUUCAGGGAAGCAAUAUAA